AUGGACGUCGUGGUUCUUGCGCAGUCAGUUCUUGACUGUCCUGAUGAGGCGGUGUUGCAGUUACUUUCAUUAGCACCUGAACUUCCUGUGGUGACUAUCGAGACGUCGGUUGCAGAUGCGAGGCGUAAUUAUAUUCGACUUGCGGGAAUUCUCCACCCGGAUAAACUAAAGAACCGGUUUGAAAAGGCAACAGAAGUCUUUCAGAAACUGGUACGUGCGUUUGAGAAGGUGGCAGACCCGAAAUACCGCAAAACCCUUCAGGCGCAAAAAGCAAAGGAGGAAAAACAAAAGAAUAAGAGAAAGACGGUUGAGGGAGGAGUAAAGAAAGCGAAACCAAAGCAACUGGUGGAGGUCGCAGCCAGAGGGACAACACACACGAGUACGUUGCAAAAGCAAGAAGCAGUCAAAAAGAUAAUACCACAGCGGACGAAACCAAUAGUUGAGGAUGAUUUUGUUCUUCGCGAUGACGAGGGCGACAUGAGUAGCGACAAGGAUGAAGAUACCAAUGGAGAGGAUACUGCUGAUAGUGAUGCGGGUAAUGAGGAUUUCAUGUUUCUUGCAUCCGCAGUUCCUCCAUCUGUGUCUACGAAUCGUGCAUUAAUAGGCACGCCACGAGUUGGUGGUAUUUACAAUCGUACUGUUGUGCGCUGCCCACAAUGUCGUACUUCCUGGGAACCGGAUUCCAAGCAACAUUACACAUUGUUUAUGGGUCCAGCUGGAAAAAAAGUGCAUUGUGAAACGUGUCUGUGCCGCUUUGGAUGUGCCACUGCCCUUCACGCCUGUCCAAACUGCCAACGUGGUUUCGAUUACGAUGUUACCAUGUACGACACUGAAGUGAAGUGUGGCUCGUGCAAGAAGGCGUUUGGAUUUCCUUAUUAUCCAGUAAAUCAGCAUCUUAUUGAUUUGGUAGGACUUGAGGAGUGGCGCGAGCGCGCGGAACGGGAAAAGGCGGUUGAGCGCACACAACGUGCGGCACGCCGGCGUGCUGGCGAGUCUGAUGCUCAGGAUGAACUUCAUACACUUGUUGGCACAUGCAUUGUGGAGGAGCAGUGCCCAAUAUGUAAGAAGGCGGUUGUUUCGCGGCACCGACAACACGUGGAGGCGUGCUUAAAAAUAAGUCCGGCGGAUCGGAAGGCUUCACAAUCAAAACCAUCACGAAGCGGUGGUCCGGGAAAACCCACGCUGAAACCUUCGGUAUCAAAGUCGAGUAUAUCAAAGAAAGCCCCCACAACUUCGGGCUCAGCAAAGAAAGCACCAACUAAGAGGGUUGUGAAACCAGUUAAGAAAGCGGGUAAGAAAAGACCACGCCGGGGAAGUUCCGACUCCAACUCUGAGGAGGAGGAGGAGGAGGAGGAGCCAUCCUUUGAAGAAACUUCUUCAGACGAUGACGAUUAG